UGCACAAGGCUGGAGACCUGAACCCGCAGCGACACAUGGACCCUGCUGGGGCCGGGGCCGAGUUCCGCAUCCCCAGCGUGGGCCGGCAGCACGGAGGGAGCUACAGCUGCAGCUACCAGCCCUGGUCAGAGCCCUUCAUCUCCUCGCAGCCCAGCGACAGCGUGCAGCUGGUGGUAGCAGAGCUCAGCUACCCCAAACCCAGCAUCUCCCUGAGCCCCAGCGGGGGGGUCUCCCUGGGGGCAGCCAUGACUGUCCGGUGUCGGGGGCAGCACCGGGGCAUGCGGUUCGUGCUGAAUAAAGAGGGACGUCAUUUCCCACCUGUGGAUUCGGACGGGUUUGAGGCCGAGUUUUCCAGUAGCAACGUUCAUCGGGAUCUUGGCGGGAGCUACAGCUGCUCCUAUCACAGCAGAUUGGAGCCAUUCACUGUGUCAUAUCCCAGCGACCCCAUGGAGCUGGUAGUGAGAGGCAGAUCGGAAUCGCCGGCACCUCUGGGGCUGACCAGCCCCAUCAUCGCUGGGGCGAGCGCAGCAGCCGCCGGCCUCCUCCUGCUUCUCCUCCUCGUGGCCUUCGUCCGCUUCAGAAAAACCCGAGUCAGAAAACGAGACGCACCAAGUCCGAGCAGCACCAUCCCCUUGGGGGUGUUGAAGGCCCCAGCUCAGGAAGACCCCAUCUAUGCCUCCAUCGAUGAAUGGAAACAGCCACAGGCCCUGGAGCCCAGCCCUGGCACCAACAGACUCAUCUACGCCGAGCUGGACCGCCAGGCACUGCAGGCCGAGCCGGGGGACCUGGUAUCUGGUCUGAGCUGCUGCACAUCGCAGGCCACAGAGCCUCACCCACCCACUCCUGUAGCAGACCCCAGCCUCUGGCUGAGUCACUGACAGCCUCAAAUCAUGGGUUAGAAACUUCAAGUUACAGAGAAUCCACCACUGACACUAGUUUAAACCUGCCAGUGCCCCGCGUCCCAGGCUGCAGACAA